AUGGACAGAUCAUCAAAACCUACCUUCAACUUCGUGAAUCUCAAGCAUCCUGACGAUCUGAAAGAUGGAGAAACACAACUCCGCAUACGGCGUCUCGCCAUGACUGAAGUUGGCAAAGCGCGCAGGAAGCCCAAGACGAAGCGUGGGCGCAACGAGAUCGUCCUUCAGCUUCGCAACCCCACGGAGCGGCAGCCAAACAUGGAUCGUCUUGGCAGCGGAUCCACGGAUCCUUUCAGUCGAUAUCCCAUUGAACUGGACAAUGAUGCCCGGGCUUUGCUUGCGAACAUCUUCAGUCCAGAUUCCACACACACAAGCCACAUGAGAGGAUGUUGGUUCCCAGUCGGGCUCGAUAGUCCCGCAGCUUUCCAUCACUUGUUAGCCAACUCUCAGAACUUCCUCUUUCAGAAGACAAACGGGCGCUUUCCAUCGCAGGACAAUGCGCUGGCGCUGGUGCACCAUCACAAGGCGCUUCGUUUGGCGAGGGAGUUGAUGAGUGAUUCAAGCAAGUAUACAAGCAAUGAGGCUGUCGGCGUCAUCGUCUCAUUCACUUGUCAUCAUGCUUUAUUGGGCAGUUUCGCCGGCGGUGAGUGGAAGCAACACCAGGAUGCACUUGUGAAGAUAAUCGAGAUGAGAGGUGGAUAUGACACGAUUCACGAGGAACACCUCCGAAUCACAGUCUCGUGGGGCGAUCUUAUGGGCUCUUUCGCACAGGACAUACCUCCUUCAGCGCCGUUACCUCGCCAAUGGGCAGCAGAGUGUAGAUCGCCAUCCGGCACCCCCCGACCCCAAAGUGCCAUUUCAUUCGCAUGGAAACAGCAGAUGCCAAUGCAAAUGGACUGGAUUUCCAUAUUCGACGACAUAGUGCACUUGAUCUCGCUCGCCAGCACCCUCAACCACCAACAGCUGGAGUUGGCAGUAACAAGUGGUAGUUGGAUCGAGGCGAUCGUGUGGCGCCUGCUCGCUACACGGCCUCUGAGCCGCGGCAACGGACUAGAGAACGUACUAGAAGAGGUGUGUCGACUCGGCACCCUCCUGUUCCUGGCUCCGUGCUGGCGAGCUCUGGGACAAUCCCCUGUGUGGACCGCAGCCAUAUCGAAGAACCUCCAGAUCGUGCUCUUGCAGCACAAGACAGGAUGGGGUGAUCUCAAGCCACUACUCGUGUGGUCUCUGUACUUUGCAGCAUUCGAAACAAGCGACUUGAUAGAACGUAGUCAGUUCGUGUCUAUGUUGGCGAUGGUCAUGGGCAGUCUUCGGCUUCAAGAAUGGAGGGAGUUGCUGCAGCUUGUCAAAAGCGUGUUGUGGGUGGACAAAGUCUUUGCCGGUAGCGACGAGCUGAUUCGAGAUGAGGUCAUGCAUAUCGUAAGCCAGAGUUCCGUCAUGCUUGCUUGGAAUGACGGAUCGUAUACUCUGUUUGAGGAAUCUUGUAGAACAGUGGGAAGUCACUAG